UCCAUGACGGCAAAGUUUCAGUUCUCAGAAAAUAUGACUGUGGCACAGAAAAUCCGGAAUUAAAAUAAGGGUGUGGCUUUAGACAGGCAGCCAGGGGCAAACAAUGACUCAGAGGACUUCUGUUGGCAAAAAGCAAUAAAUAAAUGUUUAUAUUAUCUUUUUCAACAAACCUAUAAAAAAUAUUUUUAAAAGUGAGUUUUUAUGUAGGAGAAUAAAAUAAAUUGUUUUUAGGCCUUGCGUCUUGCCUACCGUGUUCAUGGUGUCAUCCAACAGGAUGUCUGUGCUGGAAUGGGAGGUCUAAUGGGAUGGCUUCUCUGUGUCUGGGACUACUCUGUGUUCUUCUGCUGGCCUGCAUCAUUACACAACACCUCAUAUACUAUUCAGGACACAAACAGCUAGAAAGCGUUCAAAAUCUGACCUUACAAAGAGACAAUUUACUUAAAGGUCUCUCAGAAGUGGAUGAAAAAAUACAAAAGGGCUGGUGGUACUACAACACGAGUGUUUACUACAUUUCUGAAUUGAAUGUGAGGAUGAAGUGGACUGAGAGCAGACAAAACUGUAAAAUGAGAGGUGCAGAUCUGGUGAUCAUAAACAGCUGGGCAGAGCAGAAAUUUAUUGAAAAAUUAUCCAAUACAUUUCAAAUGGAUGUGUGGAUUGGAUUGACGGACAGAGAUCAUUUAGGAGUGUGGAAGUGGGUGGAUGGUUUUUCACUGACCUCUGGGUUCUGGGGUCCAAACCAACCUAGUACUGAGGGGUCUGAACUCUGUGUUGUUCAGCAAAAAAAUAUUAAAACACAACCUGGGAUGAUCACAGGACAAUCAUGGAAAACCUCUUGGUGCACUUACAAUUUCAAUUUCAUUUGUGAGAAGAACAUUUUUCAAUGACUUUUGCUUGGGAUUUUUUGUCCACUGUUUUACUGUUUUAUUUCUACAGAGCAAGCAUGUUUAUCCUUUUGUUAAUUGUCAUCUAAGGAAAAUCACAUCAAAUUAUAAAAAAAACACAUAAAACUGGCAAGACAUUCCUAAAUAUAUAAGACUGUGAUCCAUGACAAUCAAACUCCCAAAAGUAUGUCAUACUGUAGCACACUAUGCUACAGGAAAUGUUACAAAAGUUGUUUUGGCUUGUAUCCAAAGCAUAAUGUAAACCUAAACUAGUGGACACUUGUUUGAUGGUUAUGUUAGGCAUAUGCAGUUUGAACAGACAUGAUUGCCUACUACCAAUAAACUGGAUGACAUUGUAAAGAAAUGAGGUUUCUUAUCUGAAAGUGCUUUAACUUCCACUACUGUUCCGUUCUUGACUCCACCUAACUAAAAAUGAAAAGUGAAACCAUUGCAAUAUACUGUAUAAAAGGAAAUGCAUUUUUAAGAGGGUCAUUUAGUGCCAAACUUUC